AUGUCAGAACAACUGCCGCGUGACCCGGUUGCGGCUUCUGAGAACCGAAAGCCGUCGUUUCGUUUCGAUGCAGACAUUUUCAAACUCUGCACACGAUACUUGGAGGAGAACAACUAUCACGGCCUUGCAUUAAUUGCUCGCCAGAAGGGACUUCCUCCAUUCCUCCGUUUAAGAAUUUGGCCUAUUCUUUUGAAACAUCACCCUUUUGUCCUCAAUCCUUUCCUUCAACCUGAUAAUGACGUAUUGAACAAACCUAAACAUGACUCAGACCAGGACGAUCGAGCCGAGGGCCAGCUCAAUGACGAGGACAUUCGCUUUAAUAUCAAGAAAGAUCUUAAGAAGUACGUGCAACGUUUAAAGUACAACUCAUCGCCAGAUAUCAAUGAGAUCGAGAUGGAAAUGCUUGAAGUGUUAGAGAAAGCAAUUUUCAAGUUUGUAAAAAAAUGGGGAAAGAUCAUAAAAUACGACCAAGCAAUUACCUGGAUAGCAUUAGGGCUUGCUGAGUGGCUUCCACCAAUCGAGAACACACACUGGGUGCUUAUUGGAAGAGAUGUUUCUUCAUCGGACAACUUGUACAUCACCAAUAUCAUGGAUGAGUACUCCACUUAUAUCGAGAAUGUUCCUGACCUUGAGGACUAUUUGAACGAUGUUAUUGCGUCUCCUCAAAUGAAGUUUCUGGAUGUGUUUGAAAGAUUAGUCUUGGUCUUGUUGCAUUCGCCCGAGAAUCGCACACGUUCUCCAUCUUCAAAAGUUAACAAAACUACUUUACCUCUUAAUGGUGGUACUAUCGAAGAUCGGGUUUCUUUUUUCAUUUACUGUCUUCGUAAGCUCCUACCAGAAUUGUCAGACUAUUUUCAAGAAGAGCAGAUACUUAACAAGUUUGGAAGCAAUGACGACGAAUGGCUCAUAUGGUGGCUCAAGUGGUGUGGUUCCAAAGUAUGGUCUCGGAUGGACCGUGGCAGGAUAUGGGACAUGAUUUUAGGAUGGAGAUUACAGAAUCCUAAGAAGAGCACUGCCUAUUACCAAGACAAGUUGAAGUUGACUAAGCAUCAAUUAGAAAAAUUGGGUCCCGAUGUGUUUUGGUCGGUGAGCCAACAUGAUGAAGAGACGGUAGAUGAACGUGGAGAGCCCGACGAGUUCAAGAAAUCUGAUUCUUUCAAGGACUUACUCCAUGGUCUAUCGAUGGCCAACAUAUCGGCCAGCAGUUCCAAUACAAAUCUGCCACUGGAAAGUACGUCGCCGUUAUUGACACCUACGAGAAGGCUGUCGUCAUCUUCCACAUCAUUAUCGGAAGGGAUAGAUGAUAUGAACAUCCCAUUUUCACGGCUUGACCCACACAUUGAGCUCGUCUUCAUAUCACUUGCAUUGCUCAAGUCGAAGGAAGGCACUUUAGUAGAACUUGACCAGCAUGAGAUUCGUCAAUUCUUGUCACGGUUACCAACCAAGUCUUACAACUAUACUACCAGGUAUCAAAAGUACAAGCAAAUGAAGAUGGAAAAGGAAAAAGAGGAAGACAAUGGGAAUGGCAGUGUUAGCAGCGAAGCCAGCAAUAGUGAUGGAGGCAGUCAGAUCAUCACAAAUGAUAAUGCUAAUAGUCGCCGAUACGAUUUCAUGGAUAACGUUGUGAAUGAAGCUGGAGAGCUUUGGCGAAAAUGGUUUUGGCUGGAAGCAGUCGAUAACGAGUAG